AUGGUUCACUCGAAGCAUAAGAAGCCGUCGCUGCCUCGUUUGGCCACGAAUAUUCCAAUGGAGUCACAGUCAACUCCCCUACUGCCACUGAUGCGACUCUCCGAGGAUACCAACGUACGACCAAAGCGUGAGCGACCAGUGACUUUGCCAUCUCCACUCCCUGGAAACGAUGAGAAUAUUACUCCCGCUUUUUAUGCCCCCGAGACCAAAACCGUGUAUUCGGUCAAGGAUGUCCAUUCGGCCAAAGAUGUCGAAGAUCCGGUGGUGAAAACGAAAACAGCCUACUAUGAGGACGCUUUUGUAACCCGUGGCUUCCACAGCUCACCCCAGGAACGCAUCGUUCAGAAUUCCGUGGUCGUCGCAGAGCUCAAAACGAACUGCAAGCUCCGAGAUGGGGAAGGAAUGCUUGUUGCCGAUCUGAUAUUUCGUCUGGCUCAAAUCUACAAGCGACCAGAAACAUGUAUCAUGCUCACUGUCCAGCAAGAUGUUGGUGUGUUCUUUGGUAGUACCACUGAGCUUUCUUACCUGCUGAAGGUUUAUGCCCUUCCGAGCUUCAUUGCACCCUUCACCAACCUCCGUAACACCCAUCUAAUCCAAUCUGCCAUGCAGGACCUGCUGCAAAUUCCCAUGAACCAGGGAGUCAUUAUCUUUCAGCCAGUCUCAGAAGAAAACCUUGCGACCAAUGGGUUGACUGCUCGAGGGGGGUUCACCCAGCUGGAACGCAAUGAUCAGGAAGAAAGCCCGAGUCUCUUCAAGACAAUCUCGCGGUCGAUGUCUCGCCGUCUGAAAGCCAACAGUGGGCAGAGUGCGCCCAUAUCAUUGCCAUCGACUGCCGGAACUGCGACUAUUUCUCCAUCAAUGCAGACUGAGAUUCGUCGUUCGCCAGUCUUCAUGGGAGAUGUGGUGGUGUCUCCUGCAGAACCAGAGCGCGGCCUUCGAAAGCACCUGUCACUGCGAGGCAUGGUUCGUCGGCACUUCAUGGAGAUGACAUCUGCCAGGGAUAAGGAUGGACGAGACAAGGCGAAGGACGUGGGCAAGGAAGGCGACGCGAAAGGAGGUGAGCACAAGGAGAAGAGCUUGGAUUCCAAAGACCAUUAG